AUGCCAGGAGAGAAGAAAGCCACCGCCAAACCAACAAAGUCUGCCGCACCACAGGCCAUGGAGGUUGUCCUGGAGGAUUCCAUCAACAUUUCGGACAAAGAUGUGGCGUUCGAAGAGGAUCUUCUUAGAAACCCUUACUCCCUUCGCCAUUGGCAGCGAUAUCUGGAGCAUCAUGCGAAGUCGCCCAUUGCACAACAGUUCGUCGUCUACGAGAGAGCGGUCAAGGAACUGCCGGGAUCAUACAAACUCUGGAAGGCAUAUCUGGAUCAGAGGAAACAGCACCUCACCAAGCGCAACUUGCCCUAUGUAAAGGCUCAGAGUGAAUGGGAGAGCGUGGAUGAUUGUUAUGAGCGUGCCUUGGUGCUCCUCCACAAGAUGCCAAGGAUCUGGAUCGACUAUCUUCAGCACCUCAUCGCAACACCCAGGAUCACAAAGACCAGGAGGGUAUUCGACAAGGCACUGAGGGCUCUUCCCAUUACUCAACACAUUCGCAUUUGGCACCUGUAUUUGGCUUGGGCCAAGAAGGUUGGUGGAGAGACAGCACUCAAAGUCUACAAGCGCUACUUGAAGUUGGAGCCAAAUCACGGAGAGGACUAUGUCGACUUGUUGGUGUUAAUGGAGCGUUACGACGAGGCUGCCUCUCGGCUUUGCAAGAUGAUCAACAACGAAAAGUUCCAGUCCAUGCACGGCAAAUCACACUACCAGCUUUGGCGUCAGCUGUGCGACAUCAUUUGCUCUCACCCUAAGGAUGUCAAGUCAAUCCCCAUCGAGAACAUUAUUCGUAGCGGCAUCAGGAGGUUCACGGAUCAAACAGGACGUCUCUGGAACGAUCUCGCAAAGUAUUGGAUUUUGCUAAACCAUUUUGAGAAGGCUCGGGAUGUGUACGAGGAGGCGAUUACAUCUGUCAUGACUGUUCGCGAUUUCACCCAGGUUUUUGACACCUAUGCCGAGUUUGAGGAGUCUGUGAUCAGUGCCAAGAUGGAGGCUGCCGAGGCUGCCGAGGCCGAGGGUGAGGCAGGAGUGGAUCAGAUGGAGCUGGACAUGCGUUUGAUGAGACUGGAGCGUUUGAUGGAGCGUCGUCCCUUCUUGGUCAACGAAGUCUUGUUGAGACAGAACCCCAACAGCGUUCAUGAGUGGCAGAAGCGGGUUGAGCUCUGGGGCGAUAACGCACAGAAAGUGGUUGAUACCUACACACAGGCUGUGACGACGAUUCACCCAAAGAAGGCAGAUGGAAAGUUCAACGGACUUUGGAUCAAGUUUGCCAAGUUUUACGAGGAUGGCAACGACUUGAUCUCGGCUAGGACUAUCUUUGAGAAGGCGACCAAGGUCAACUACAAGACUGUCAAUGACCUGGCUGAUGUCUGGUGCGAGUAUGCAGAGAUGGAGGUCCGCCACGAGAACUACGAUGCGGCACUUCAGGUCAUGGGGCGUGCUACGAUACCUUCCAAGCAAAAGAACAUUGCAUUUCACGACGAGACGCUGCCUGUUCAAGUUCGUGUUUACAAGUCGUUGCGCUUGUGGUCGUUCUAUGUCGAUUUGGAGGAGUCGGUUGGAACAGUGGAGUCGACAAAGGCUGUGUACGACAAGAUUCUGGAAAUCAAGAUCGCCAACCCUCAGAUCAUUGUCAACUAUGCCAACUUUUUGGAGGAGAACAAGUUCUUCGAGGACAGUUACAAGGUGUACGAGCGUGGUAUCGACCUUUUUGGCUACCCUAUUGCCUUUGAGCUCUGGAAUAUUUAUCUUUUGAAGUUUAUCGAGCGCUAUGGUGGAACGAAACUCGAGCGUACUAGAGAUCUCUUUGAGCAGGCUAUUGAGAAGGUGCCAGCCAAACACGCCAAGCCUCUUUACCUUAUGUACGGAAACUUGGAGGAGACUCAUGGUUUGGCGCGUCACGCUAUGAGUAUCUACGACAGAGCGACCAAGGUGGUUGCACCGGAGGACCGCGCCGACAUGUACCACUUCUACAUUGCUAAGGCGGCAACCAUGUUUGGUGUCACGUCAACUCGCGAGAUCUACGAGCGCGCUAUCGAGGUUCUUCAGGACAAGGAUGCACGUAUCAUGUGCUUGCGUUAUGCAGACAUGGAGCGCAAGCUGGGCGAAGUCGAUCGUGCCAGAGGCAUCUAUGCUCACGGCAGUCAAUUCUGCGACCCCAGGAUCGCGCAAGAUUACUGGCAGACAUGGCACGAUUUCGAGGUGCAGCAUGGAAACGAGGAUACUUUCAAGGAGAUGCUCCGUAUCAAACGGAGUGUCCAAGUCAAGUUCAACACCGAUGUCAGCUACAUUACUGCCCAGAUGCUUCAGACCCAGGAGAAGAGCAAGGCUGCUGGCGGCGAUGCUAUGCAGACCUUGGAUCGCAUGACUAUUGGCGGACCUGGAGAGAUGGCCUUUGUCAAAUCGUCUGCUCAUUCUGUUAAACAGACUCACGGAGAGGCUGAGGAAGAACCUGCAGCUCCUGUUGCAGUAACGAACCCUGACGAGAUUGCCAUUGACGACGAUGAAGAUAUUUAG